UCCCUGCAUGGCAACAUGCGCAAGGGGUUCCCCCGCACGUCGCCUCUCUGUAUUAUUUUACAAAAUAGCGUUAGUGUUAAAAAUUAAUCUGUCUGGCACCCGGCGCGCCCAUCAGCGACAGCAUGUACUGGAAUAUAGUAUAACGCGCGACGCGGAGCAGAAACUUUAAACCCGGGGAUAUUGAAUCCAGUGCAGCCGCACCGAAGAGCAGCCGAAAGGACUCCACACACCGAUUCUCAUUGAUGAGGCAGCCUCCGAAUGACGUCGAGAUGGCUUUAGGUCGGACGCUUCUACCCUCCAUAUCCACGUUCGCCAGCGGCCCCACUGUCAAGAGCAAAUCCAUAGGAAGUGCCAAUUUAAGAUGGAAGGAGGAGUUGUCCCAUCUUAAGAAACCAAGUGUGCCAACCGGAAGCAGCUGCUCUGACCCAGACCAUCCCACUGCCACCAGCACAUCAAGCCCCAGCAUGUCCAAGAAAGAAGCAGAGCCUGACUUGGACUUGGACUACGACUUCAUUCUGUCUAACUGUAUUCUGCAGCAGCAGCAGCAGCAGCAGGAGGAGGAGGCCAUGGCAUGCAGCUCUGCCCAGACCCUGUCUCCUUCCCCCAGCUCUUUCUCCUCAUCUUACCCUCUCCCCUCCCCUCAGGACACUGCCAGUGAGCUCCUCUAUACCAUUCCAGAUAUCAGUGACGUCUCGCCCUCUGGAGGCUUCGUGGCAGAGCUCAUGAGACCCGAGUUGGACCCGGCGUACCUCCACCCCACCAGCCUCCACGGCAAAUUUGUGGUAAAGACAACAAUGGACAUGGGAGAAUACAGCCAAGGCGUGAAUGUAAGCAAGGUCUGUGUUGCUGCUGUGUCAGACCCCACGCCUUCUCGUGCCUCGCCGUCCUUUACAUGCCACAGGAUAAAGCAAGAGAACCCCAGCAACUGCAUCAUCUCGCAGCCCAUUGACCUACACCUGGGCAGAGGGAGCCAGCAGCAGCGGCCAUGCCAGUUAGAGCUUCAUGGCUUCCCUGGCGGAGGGAGAUCCAUGACAGGCGGCAGGUUAUCCUCAUCCUCUUCCCUCUCACCAGAUCAUCCUCUCAGCCGAGAGCACCAGGUUCUGGGACAUCCCCACUCUCAGAUCCCUGUAGCUCCCCAGGGAUACCACCAUAUCUCCCCGCAGGGUUACACCUCCUUCCCUCAGCCAUCCUCCCUGCAGUACCAAGAUCCUCUCAUGAUCUCCAGUGGAGACUGCUUACCAGAGGAACCAAAGCCUAAACGUGGUCGGCGCUCCUGGCCGAGGAAGAGAGUUGCCACACACACGUGUGACUAUGUUGGCUGUGGGAAAACGUACACAAAGAGCUCUCACCUCAAAGCACAUCACCGCACGCACACAGGGGAGAAGCCUUACCACUGCGACUGGGAGGGCUGCGGUUGGAAGUUUGCACGUUCGGACGAACUCACACGCCACUACAGGAAACACACAGGCCACCGGCCAUUUCAGUGUCAGAAAUGCGACCGGGCCUUCUCAAGGUCAGACCACCUUGCUCUCCAUAUGAAGAGACACUUAUGAGACUUGGCGACGUAUGAAGGCUACAGAAAAAAUGUCAGUAACAAUCCUGAACAAACUUUUGACCUACUUUUGUUUUUUUUGUUUUUUUUAAACCAUAAUUUGCCUUCAAGCCGUUGUCAAGCAACAAGACAAGCUGUGGUGUUCACGGCAAAAACAGCAUUACUCCCUCAAAAGCCUAGAAUUUCUCUGAAGACCGAUCCCUUCUUCGCACAUGGUGCAGGUGACUUGAAAAUAACUCUGUCAGGGUUGUAAACUUUUAUGAAAGGGACCAAACUGGAAUUUGUCUUAUUUAACAAACCGACAAAACUUGGAGGACCAGGUGCCAACAACUUUUUAACUGGAAAUUUUUGUCAGGGAAACCAGGAGCAACAGACAAACAUCUCCAGACGCCUUACACCAGCAACAUGCCAAUAUAGGCUCUGUUAUCACUACACACUGUUCAAAAUACUGUAUUAAUAAAUACAUCUAUAUUUUUAUACACAUUUCACCUGCAAUGCCAUACAUUUCAGGUACAAUGUUAAUUUAUACAGAAUGGUGCUCAGAGACUCUGAAGAAGGUUUUUGUUUUUGUUUUUAUUAAAGAAAAGGUACCAAAGAUUAAAGAAAUUAUACAAAAGGGUGAUAACUAUGAAAAAGUGCCAUAUGGUUGUUUGCGUGUAUCUCGGAAACCUCUCUUCCACAAUCUGACUCAAAUCAGGUGAACACUUCACUUAUAAAUGGUGGUGCAAUCUUCAAUGCACUGCAGUUGCAAAGUGCAAUAAUUUAUAUGAGACAUUCAUAUUUUUGUAUUGAAUGAGUAACUCUGAACAAAGUUUUUUUUGUUUAUAGCCAAAAUAUGUAAUAUAAUCUUGAAUUUUGUACAUUUGUAAAUAAAAAUGCUUUUUUUUUGUUA